AUGACAGUAGCAGUAGCACUUCUUGUCCAUCAAUCAUCAAAAUUCACAAGGAAUGCUAGAGCCGGUAAAAAUAACAGAAAAAUACCAACAAAUUCAGAAUAUGUUAUUCCGCCUAUUAAUGUUUUGAUUGUAGAAGAUAACCCAAUCAAUCAGGCUAUUUUGUCGACAUUUAUGAGAAAGAAAAAAAUUAAAUAUGAAUGCGCUACCAAUGGACAAGAGGCAGUUGACAAAUGGAAGGAAGGCGGGUUUCAUUUGGUAUUGAUGGACAUUCAAUUACCAGUGAUGGAUGGUAUUAAAGCAACAGAAACCAUAAGAAAAUUAGAAAAACACCAACAAAUUGGUGUAUUACCGUCAUCUUCCAUAUCACAGCAUGAUCAACAAGAGGGGGGAAUUCCUUCAUCGACAUCAAUAUCAUCUACCACUACCACUACAAUGAGAUCACCAGUUAUUAUUUUAGCAUUAACUGCAUCAUCAUUAUCAUCUGAUAGAAAAAAUGCUUUAGCAGCAGGCUGUAAUGAUUUUCUGACCAAACCUGUUAGUUUAGAAUGGUUAGAAAAAAAGAUUUUAGAUUGGGGAUGUAUGCAAGCAUUGAUAGAUUUUGAUGUGUGGAGAAAGUGGAAGAAAGAUGAUGAUUCAGAGUCGGCAAAAGCGAUUGAACCAAGGAAAAAUCAAAGAAGUAUUAGUACAACUCAAAUACAAAAAACUAGAACUUACAUUGAAGAAAAUGAUCUUGUAGGAAGAAAACCAAUUGUAUCGCCACUUUUGACCAAAAACAAUUCAUCCCCAUCUGUACUUGGAGUCAAAAAAGGCGGCAAUGUUGAUGAUGGUGAUUCAAAAACAAUGGAAUCAGUAGUUUCAAUAACAAAAUUGACGACAGAAAAUUUAGAAAGUUAUCAACCUGUAAGAAGAUCAUCAGUAGUAUCCCCUGUGACAUCAUACCCUAUAACGGCUACUAUUUCUUCCAAUAGCAACUCAUCUAGUUCCAGCACCAUUAUAUCUAAUUUGCCAAGAACACCAACAGGAGGUGUAAUAAUUUCACCUGCUAAUAUGAUACCAUCAUUACCAUCAACUCCUAAAAAUUUUCAAAAACCAAUAUAA